UAAGAGAAAACUAUAAACAAACACAAUAACUGAUUUUUCUUUUUUUGACGAAGCAAAAUAUUGUAUUUCUUAUUAAUUAUUUAGCUGCAAAAGGCCAUGGGAAAUCAAUUAGUUUGCAUAGCCUCUUCACAAAUAUUGCCAGUGGAAUGGUAUUUAAAAGAUCAUCGAGAAUUAAAAUUUGAUAUAAGUUUGGGCAGUACUAGAUUUUUAAAAGUGGCCAGAGCAGAGUCACAAGAGGGUCCUGUAGUUGUAAAAGUUUUUGCCAUUCGAGAUCCCUCCCUCCCUUUACAGGGUUACAAAGAUCGCUUGGAAGAGAUCAGAAAAAAAUUAUCUGCUGCAGUUAAUUGUACUCCUUACCAAAAGUUUAUUCUCACAGAUAAAGCUGCAUUACUCAUACGAGAGUAUGUCAAGUAUAGUUUGUAUGAUAGGAUUAGCACCAGGCCCUUUUUGACUAAUAUUGAAAAGAGAUGGAUAACUUUUCAAAUUUUAUACGCGCUGCAUCAGUGCCAUAAAGUAGGUGUUUGUCAUGGUGACAUCAAAUUAGAAAAUAUUACGGUCACUUCCUGGAACUGGGUUAUGUUAGUUGACUUUGCUUCUUUUAAGCCUACAUUUUUGCCCAUAGAUAAUCCUGGUGACUAUUCUUACUUUUUUGAUACAUCACGUAGAAGAACUUGUUACAUAGCUCCAGAAAGAUUUUCUAACUCUACCAAUUUAUCUUCAAAUGAGAGUGCCGCGCUAAUUUCAGAGACCAUUUGUGAUUCUGGUGACCUCACCCCUGCUAUGGAUAUUUUUUCUGCUGGAUGUGCUCUACUGGAACUAUGGAAUGAACUUCAUUUUCCGUUUGAUUAUUCCCAACUUUUGGCAUAUAAGGCUGGAAAAUUUUCACCUCAAAAACAUCUCGAUAAAUUGGAAGAUCCAAAUUUAAAAUGUUUGAUAUCUAGCAUGAUUGACAGAGAUCCGUUGAAACGUUUAACAGCAGAAGACUAUUUAGAUCAGCAUAAGGGUAAACUAUUCCCGGAAUAUUUUUAUACAUUUUUGCAGUCCUACAUGCUAAUAUUCUCCGCUAACCCUAUAAUGUCUUCAGAUGAAAAGAUUAUGAGGCUUAAAGGUGAUAUCGGGAAUAUUUUUAAAUUUCUUGGUCCAGUAAAGAAAUCUUAUGAAGAUGAAAAUCAGGAUGAGGAUGAUGCAGAAGAUGAAAAAGUAGACCCGGAAAAGUACCAAGUAAGGGGCGAAAGUGAAGGUUUGGUCCUUAUAACUUCAUUAGUAACCUCUUGCAUUAGAGGUCUACAUGAGUGCCCCUCAAAACUCUUCAGUUUAGAGAUCCUUCUGGAGUUAGCUUACCAUGCCAGUGAUGAAACUAUUUUAGAUAGAAUUUUGCCUUGCUUGAUGUUUUUGGCCCAUGAUAACAGUUCUAGAGUGAAAAUUGCCGCCAUAAAUACUAUAACAAAAUGUUUGGAUUUGGUGCAAAGGCUGCCACGGUCGGACGCAAAUAUUUUUCCGGAGUAUAUAUUACCGGAAUUAGCACCUCUAGCGACAGAUCCGAAUGCUUGUGUACGAGCCGCAUAUGCAAAAAAUAUUAGCGGUUUAGCACAAAUUGCUUUGAGAUAUCUAGACCAAAUUCAAAAUAUUUGGUGCGGAGAAGAAACCACAGAAAAGGCCGACGAUGAACAUACAUUCAACUAUGAGCUAGAACUUCAAGCCUUACACGAGAUGGUCCAACAAACUGUUAGCGCAUUGCUAACUGACAGUCACAGUAUCGUCAAACAAGCUCUUAUAAAUAACGGCGUUAAUAAGUUAUGCAUAUUUUUUGGUAAAGCUAAAGCAAAUGACCUAAUAUUAUCUCACAUGAUAACGUUUUUAAACGACAAAGAAGACACGCAACUUAGAAAAUCAUUUUUUGAUUGCAUAGUGGGAGUAACUUCAUAUAUUGGAUGGCAUUGCUCAAGCAUACUUACACCGUUGCUUUUGCAAGGAUUAACAGAUAGUUCAGAAUUCGUUAUAAGGAAAGCAAUAUUAGCAAUGGCUUCUUUAACAGAAUACAAUCUUGUAACCACGUCAGCUCUUUGCGAACUUAUAAUAGAGUGUUCGUACUUUCUGGUUCAUCCAAAUUUAUGGAUUAGAGAAGCUGUGUGUGGUUUUAUUGCAAAAGCUGGACAGACACUAUCUGUUCUCGAUAUACAGUGUAAAGUUAUGCCUCACUUAGAAAAAUACAUGAAGUAUAAAUUGAUUCAGAUUGAAAAGUCAGAGCUUCUGCUAGAUUCCUUAGUCUCUCCCAUUCCUAGAAGCGUGUACGAAAAUGUUAUAAAUUAUUCAGAUAUUAAUCAACUUAUGGAAGUUUUAGAAGAAAGAAAACAUAUAAGGGAUUGCAUCAAUUCCAGAACUGAGCAUGAUUCCAGUUACAAUAAUUUUUAUGUUAAUAUGAGCUCUAACUUGAAAAGUCUAUUUAGGCGACUAGAAGCUAAUGGAAUGACCGAACAAGUGGAGGAAUAUCUUUUAAAAAUGGGUCACCAUUUGAAGAAAAUUCACAAAUACAAAAGCAGUGCAGAUGCAAGGCCCAAAAGUAGAGAUGGAAAAACUGACGUUGAUAGUUUGAACUCAAGUGUUAGAAAUAAAGUAUUCCACUUUAGCGAUCCUCAUAAAAACGACUAUGGAAGAACUGGGUUACACAGAACAAACACCCUAGGCUCUAUAGAUACAAACUCUGAUUGGAAUUGCAGUUCCGACGUGCUCACGCGGCAGUCGGAAUCAACCAAUAGCGGAGCUCCGUCGUCGCGAUCUACAAGUAGCAGGCCGUCAUCUCCUCCACCAGAUGGGCAACUGACACAGUUUAUCAGUACGACAACAGAUGCAUCUAGCUUGCAUGAAAAAAGUUUUAUUCAAUAUCGUAGGUCGACUUGCUACAUAGAAUUAACAAAACUCAAGAACAUUCAGCAGGAACAUUAUUUUGAGGCUUUAAGAAAUAAAGAAUGGGCAGAGCAGGCCGCCUGGAAACCCCAACUACCUCCUCCAGGGUGGCAUCCCAGAGGUAUACUGGUCGCCCAUUUACAUGAACAUAAAAACGCAGUUAAUAGAUUAUGUAGAUUUCCUGACUCACCUUUAUUUGCUAGUAGUUCAGUUGAUGGAACAGUAAGAGUUUGGGAUUGUUCGUCAUUCGAAGCAGGUGGUUUCGCUAAUAGAAGCAAGCAACAAUUUCGCUUACCAAAUGCCUCUUCUAUCACUGGAAUGACCGUGUGUGAUGGUGGUCAAUCGUUGGCAGUUUCAAGUCAAAACUCUUGGAUUGGUGUGUUGAGAGUUGACCCUGCUAGCUCCAAAUUAAGCACAUUCCAAUCAAGACAACUAGACCCAUACAGUGAGGGUUUUGCAGUCGAUUUACAAUGUUUAGAUCCAGGAACGCAGAGUACAGUAGUAUAUGCAACCCUUUACGGAGAUUUAGUCGGUUGGGAUCUUCGACAACCUGGAGUGGCCUGGAGAUUAGAAAAUGGACUUAGACAAGGGGUGAUUACCACAUUUUGCAUUGACACGCACCAAAAUUGGCUAGCACUAGGUACCUGCGAUGGCAUGCAUACUGUGUGGGACUUGCGGUUUAGGUUACCAAUUACGACCAUUAAUCUGCCCACUCAGGGAAACCAGGCUGUAAGAAUUAGGAAAGUGAUACCACACCCCACCGAGCACUCGUGGCUUUUAUCUAGUGUCCAAGGGAAUAAUGAAAUUUCCAUGUGGAAUUUGGAAACCGGAUCUCGACAAAAAGUCUUGUGGGGCAGUACAACGCCGCCUUUAUCAAUUUUAAACCCGACCACACAUAGUGUUUGCGCGAUGCAGGCAGGCUGUAUAGAUAGAUCACCGUUUUUGUUGUCAGGUGGUACAGAUCAAAGAUUACGGUUUUGGAAUUUAGAGAGCCCCUCAGAAAGUUAUUUGGCCCUGCCAGCAGCUAGUGACGCACCUGGAACCACGUUAAGUUAUCGUAGCAGAUUAAUUGAUGGCACUGACGUAGUAUACGAGGAGCACUUAGAUAAUCGAAGACCUAGAGACGAAGAACUUCCCAGAGCCGGACCUGAACCACCGGCCCCAGGCCAUAAGGACUGUAUUACAGAUAUAGCUUUAUGUAAAGCCAGUCAAUGUUUUAUGGUAACCGCCUCCAGAGAUGGAGUCAUUAAAGUAUCAAAAUAAGAUAAUUACUUUACAACACAUUUUAUUGUGAUAUUAGAUGGCUUACCUAGAUACUAGUUUUUGUUUUAUCUAAGCAUGUAGCCUAUUUUGAUUCUAUUGUCAGACUUGUUAUGUUGUGAAUGUAAAAUUAGAAAUUAAGUUAUGAUUGGAUACUUUCAGUUAUGCUAAUUUAGUUAGCAGUAAGAUACCUUAAAUAUUAUUGUUAUCCUUUUUUAAUAUUAGGUUGUAUAUAGUAAUAAUUAUUUAUAGAUUUAGUCAAAAUAAUAAAUAUACAUAAAACAA